CUAAAAUACUCACACAGAAUAAUACACACAUUUUUGGCUGCACUGAAAAAUAUAAGGAAAUUCUUUUAAAUAGCUCCCGAGAGAGCCCAAGAAAGCGGGUAGACACAGACAACGGACGAACAGAAGAGUGCGAAUGUGAUGUUAGAGGCAUGGAGCACAAUGAGCCCCAAAACUGUGCCGAAACAUUACGGAGCAUGCGGCAACAGAUCGCGCUGGCCAACGCACAGCAGAUGUUGGGCAAGAUAACGGUGAACUGCUUUAGGAAAUGCAUCGACAGGCCGGGCACAUCGCUGGCCAGAGCCGAGGAGCGCUGCUUGGUGCAGUGCAUGGACCGGUUCAUGGACUCCCUCAAGGUGGUCUCCAUCACCUACAGCAGGCGACUCAUGCGAGAGACCAAGUAGAGCCCCCAGCUGAGUCAAGCCACCAAUUCACAAAUAGAUUCUCGACGCAUGUAAACUUCAAGUGAGAUUUUGUUAAUCGCUACGCAUCUUUGUCCAAUGGAUGUCCUCGAGCAUGGUUCGCUUUGGUUCUACUUACAAAAAAAUUACAAACAAAU